AUGCCUCAGCGACCUACCUACCGACCACGCAAGUUUUUCUGCGCCAACCCUAUCAAUGCUCAGUGUCGCAAGGGAUUUUUGACUCGUGCAGGCCUCACCAACCACAGAAACGCUGUGCACACCAAUUUAGUACUACCCCCUUCUCGCAUCCCUCAAUACCAACUGCAGCCCAUGGAGCAUCAUCACUUCGACAACAAUGUUGGUCAACAACCCGACACAGAUGUCGAUAGCAGGAGCGACUCCAACAAUGCACCUCCGCUUGGUGCAUACUUUGUACGGCACUCUGUGAUUGAUGGAACUCCUUGUGAUAUGGACGACAAUGACCUCAAUGGAUCACAACCUCUCCCUCACGAGAAGCCAAAAUCACCAUGGCAUCCAUUUGCCAAUCGAGGUCACUUCUCCCUCGCUGAUUUCGUCUUUCGACACAACAAAAUGCCGGGGACUCAGUUUGAUGAGCUGAUGCACAUCUGGGCCAAGGUCAAUGGGAGUGAGGGCGGAAGUGGGAAGCCCCCUCCAUAUGCUAACAAAAAAGACCUUUAUGAUACCAUUGAUGCAAUAGAUCAGGGCGACGUACCCUGGCAGAGCUUCACCGUUCAGCAUGGCGACGUGAACAGUCUCACUGGUGACCUGUCAGCGCCUCAAUGGAAGCUUGCUGAAUAUGACGUGUGGUUUCGGGACCCACGUAUGUUGCUGCGCAACCAGUUGUCAAACCCUGACUUCAAGGAUGGUUUUGACCAUGCUCCACACCAAGUGUAUGGUAACAACCAUGAGAGGGUCUUUGGUGAUUUCAUGUCCGGAAAUUGGGCGUGGAACCAAUGUAAUGAACUGUCAGAGGACCCCGAAUGUCAUGGUGCAAUGUUCGUUCCUGUCAUCUUGGGUAGCGACAAGACGACCGUGUCAGUUGCAACUGGCAACAGUGAAUACUAUCCGCUGUACAUUUCAAAUGGAAAUGUACAUAACAAUAUUCGACGCGCUCACGUUAAUGCUGUUAGCUUGGUAGGGUUUUUGGCUAUCCCUAAAUCUGAUCGAGAACAUCAAAAUGAUCAAGAAUUUCGCGACUUCCGCCGUCACUUGUUCCACAGGUCACUGGAGGCAAUUCUCUCAUCACUUCGGCCCGCAAUGACUACACCAGAGGUGACAUUAUGUCCUGAUGGACAUUACUGUCGCACAAUUUAUGGGCUCAGACCAUAUAUCGCUGAUUACCCUGAGCAAUGUUUACUUUCUUGUAUUGUUCAAGGCUGGUGUCCGAGGUGUACUGCCUCAAGAAAAGACUUGGACGAGAAGAAUGCAGGUCACCUCCGAACACAUGAAUUCAUUGAACUAUUGAGGGGUACAUAUGCAUGGAAAGUGUUAUGGGACAACUGGGGGAUCGUCGAUGAUAUUAUGCCAUUUACAGCCUCAUUUCCUCGGGCAAAUAUUCAUGAGUUGUUGUCACCCGAUCUGCUCCACCAGGUGAUUAAAGGUUCGUUCAAGGACCACCUUGUUACCUGGGUUGAAAAAUAUUUGGCGAAGACAUUCGUAACAUCUAAGGCUGCAGCAACGAUGGCUGAGAUAGAUCGAAGAGUUUCUGCUGCUCCAUCGUUCCCUGGUUUAAGACACUUCCCUGAAGGUCGACACUUCAAACAAUGGACAGGUAAUGAUUCAAAGGCCCUGAUGAAGGUAUUUCUUCCUGCGAUUACUGGCCUUGUUCCAGAUCAAAUGGCUGACCUAGAUGCGCUGGACGAUGCUUUGGCUCGGUUUCAUAAAGAGCGCAACAUUUUCAUUGACUCCGGUGUCAUGCCAGACGGAAUAUCACUUCCACGCCAACAUGCCUUGAUGCAUUAUCGAACACUUAUAGAGCUUUAUGGUGCCCCAAAUGGCUUGUGCUUGUCGAUCACGGAGUCGAAGCACAUCAAGGCCAUCAAGAAACCCUGGAGGCGCUCGAAUUGUCACCUACCUUUAGGUCAGAUGCUCUUGAUCAACCAGCGACUCAAUAAACUUGCCGCAUUCAAGUCUCACCUUGCUGCCCACAGAUUCCUAAACCCAGCCUCAUUGGAACCUGCUGACAUUGAUCCAGGUGACUUCGAGGAUCUCGAUGACGAGUUUGAUCCUGAGGAGGCUCAUUUUAGAGAUGACUCCAAUCUUGAGGAUGUUGAGCCAGAUACUGAACUCACUAGGUACUUACGAGAGUACUCAGCAAUGGAAUACCCUCGUCGGCUUCCCGAAAUUGCUGCAUUUAUCAAUUUCCUGAAUCUUCCUGAGCUACGCAACCCAAAUGCUUCCAUUCAAGCAGCUGAUAUAGUAGAUGGGAGAGUAGAUGUCUUCAACUCAGCUGUUGCAACAUUCCGCGCUCCAAGUGACAUCUGUGGAGUUAAUGCAAUGCAGCGCCAGCGUAUUCACAGCUGCAGGUCUUGGUACAAUGGUCCUGCUCGCCACGACUGCGUAUUUGCCGAAAAAGACCCCUCUCUCCCUGGAUUUCAAGGCCUAUAUGUCGCUCAACUGUAUCCAUGUGCGUUGCCAUGUAAAUCCACUGGCAUGUGGAUGGUAGAACCUGAAUUGGAUGAUGACAGCGGUGAGUGGCUUGUGUCCGUCAUUCACUUGGACAGUAUCAUGCGUGCAGCACACCUGAUAGGUGUUUAUGGUUCACAAGACAUUCCCCAUCAUCUCAAACACACUGAUUCUUUGGUUGCUUUUUCAGCUUACUAUGUUAAUAAAUUUUCAGAUUAUCACGCUUAUGAAAUCACUUAUUAA